ACAAUAAACUUUUUGUCAGGGUGAACUUCCCCUUUAAAUUUUUCAUAUUUUUCUUUUAACUUACCCUUUAAUUUUUAGGACAUUAUACAUUCUGCCCAUCAGGGGUGGUUACCUUGGGGGAAGGGACAGUGUCCCCACACUUAUUGAAGCACUAACAAAGUGCCCCUUUUUCCAAAAUGCCCCCCCCCCCUUACAGACGUUCUUAGUGCCAUUUUUUUCUUAGAAAUAGAAGGACGUGUGUCAUGUGUCAAUGAGUGCCCUUUUGCCUUUUUAUAAGUGCCCAUUCUCUAUAAGUUGCUUGUGUUAACCGCUCUUCCAACUAGCACACUCGCUUGCUAUGCUCGCUCGCUUGAUAUAUGACCCACAAGCAUAUAAUCUUUAUAUUUAAUAAUCAGAAAUCUCCUCAGUCAAAAAAAAGUUUUGUCCAAUUUAAAUGACCACGAAAAAACAGCCAUUAAAAAAAAAACUGAUUGUAAAUGUCAUCAUUUAAUUAGAGUGGUGUACGCCCUUUUCAAAAGAAAAUGCCAUUUUAUUACCUACCGCCCCCUCCCCACUUCCACCUUUGCCCCACCGCCCCUGUCAUUCAUGAUGAAUGUGUAGAAAACAACUAACAUACAUAAGAGCAAGUCUAAUUAAGUUUUACUACUAGCAACCUAUGUAAAAGCAAUACAGAUAUAACUGCUUGAACACAAGAGGGCGCUGUAGAUUUUAAAAUUUGAAUAAUUAAUUACUGUGCAACUUUUGACCUUGACGAGUUAUGAAACAAUGUUCAGUGAUUUUUCAUCUAAAAUGUGACAAAAAAUCAGGUAGAUACAAGAGUUGAGGCACGAAAAUGAAAAAGGAGGCAUAUAUCUGAUGUAUGGCCCGCGGUCUAAUAAUGAAUAACAGCUAUUUAAACAUCCCUAUUAUUGUGAUUACCGUGGUAACCUUGAUUAUGAUUGGUUGGUUAUACCAUCGUAGUUUCCAUACUUGUAACUCAUGAUGAAACAGGCCCCAGUUUAUCAUGUUUAAUACGUUUCCUGUCCCCUUUAUUCUCCAGCAUUUCUUACUCUGUUUUUUUCCAUUUAAUCAUUUUCCCACUCAAGUUCUUUUGUGCCGCCUUUCUCCUACAUAUGAAGAGCUAACUUUCAAAAGGGGUUAGGUCUAUUUUUCAUCAAAUUUGAUUUUUAUAUCUUAAUGUAUAGAUUUUUAGUAGCUCUAUAAGAUGAUACCAUAGAAAAGUUGAAAUUCCUAUUAAAAAGUGAACAAAAAUGGCAAAGAAAAAUCACUUUUUUCAAAAAGGGUUAGGUCCAUUUCAGUUUAGUUGCAAAGGGGUUAGGUACACAAUGAUAUUUUUUUUUUAGUAUAUAGAAAAAAAUUGGAGACAGGUAGAUUUCUUUUAUACCCAAUUUUAUGUUCACUGUUCACAUGAUAGCGCCACCUGCUCACGUUUGUGCAAGAACGACGACGACGUAAACCGAUUGUGCCUCACAAUUUCAUCAUAAUUUUCAUCUUUCUGACCUAUCGUGAUACUACUUAUAGUUGCUAUAGUGUUUAUACACCACUAUUAGAACUCCAGUAAUCAGCAGGACAUAUUUGAAACGAUGGAAACAAGGAAUAAAGUGAAAAACAACUCGGCAAAAGCAACUGGGAAGGCUCAAACUCUGACCAACGAUACACCGAAGGAAACCAACCGGGACCAGCAAGGGGUAGAGUCGUCCCACUCUUUGCCUCAUACGUCUCGCUCGUCAGGUGCUCAGCCAUGUACAACGGAAAGAAAAGACACCACUGAAGACAAAGAAAGACUUUUUGGAGAUGAUCUUCAGCGGAGAAUAGAGGAUGCCCUUCAAUCAAAAGAGGUGAUUUCAUCUAUUGUGAAGGCGGUUUCCGAUGCCAUUUUGGAGGACGUCAAGAAUGAAGUCUACAAAGCAAUCGAUUUCGAUAUGCAAGAGAAAACUAAUAAAAUCGCAGAUCUUGAUCAUCAACUGCAUAACGUGAAGGCACAGAUCUCAUCUUUUCGUGAUGUCAUGGAAGAACAGGAACAAUAUUCCAGGCGAAACUGUCUUCGCUUUCACGGGAUCAACGAAUCAGCGAACGAAGUAACAGAUGACAUCGUUAUCAAAGUAGUCCGGGAGAAACUUCAAAUCAACAUUCAGCCAUCCGAUAUCGACCACUCUCAUAGGAUACCGCUUCGAGCCAAAGGGCCGGCCAACGUCAACGACCACAAAGACGUGGUCAACAAGGAGCUGACAGCCAGGAAGAAGCGGACGGAACCCCAAUCAACCCCAUCAUUGUCAAGUUUGCACGAUACAAUGCCCGAAACGCAGUGUACAAAGCGAGAUCAAAACUCAAAGGAUCAAAUGUUUACAUCCAUGAAGACCUGACCAGAAUAAGAAGUGAAUUGGUAUACGAAGCCCGUAAGCAUGAACGAAUAAGGAGAGUUUGGACAAACGAUGGCCGUGUAACUGCACUUACCAAGGAUGACAGAAAGGUAAAACUAAGGAAAAUCAGUGACUUAGAUAAACUUUGACUUUGAUCGACCAAUUGUUUACAUUAACACGCUUCAUUAUUAACCCAUGGGUCUGAAGUUCCCGUGUUUAAAGUGUGAUAAGUCGGUAAAAUCAAAUCAAAAUGCUGUUAUGUGUGUAAAAUGUACCAAAUGGAUUCACUUGUCAUGUUCUACAAUAGAGAAAUCGUUUUUUUAAUCUAAUUCUGACUGGAUUUGUGAAAUAUGCUUAUUCAGUGAACUUCCUUUCCACCAUAUAAUAGAUGUAAAUGUUUCAAAUGUUAAUCGUCCUUUAAGAAAUCCAAUUGUUUUAAAUAAGGAAAAUGUAUUUGAUACGCUCAAAACUUUUUCUGGUAUCAUUAUUGCACAUUUAAACGUUUGUUCUUUAUUUAAAAACAUCGAAGAAAUCCGUUCUAUUGUAAAGGAAACGAAAAUUCAUAUUUUAACAUUAUCAGAAACUCGAUUAGAUGAAUCCAUACCUGAUGAAGAAGUAAACAUUGAAAAUUAUAUAUCUGUGAGGAAAGAUAGGAACAGAAAUGGAGGUGGAAUAAUCACUUUUGUUCACAAAUCGUUGAAUUAUACCUACCCACAAGAAUUAUGUGUUGAGGGUCUAGAAUCAAUCUGUAUAGAGGUGCAUUUACCUAAACAGAAACAAUUUAUUGCAUUUUCAUGGUACAGACCUCCCGACUCAAGUGUAACUGUGUUUAAUCUCUUUGAGAAAGUUCUUCAAGAUAUAGAAGUACGAAGACUUGAAUUUGUACUGGUUGGAGACCUAAAUUGUGACCUCCUCCCAAAAAAGCUUUCAAACAAUGCAAAGCGCCUUUUAGAAAUCUCGAAAGAUUUCAAUUUAACACAACUUGUAAAUUCUCCAACACGAGUUACUAACUCGUCACAAACACUGAUAGAUCAUAUAUUUAUUUCAAACUGUGAUAAUGCAAAGAGAUGCACCGUUAUACCUGUCAGUCUAAGCGAUCAUUACAUGGUCGCGCUUUCUUGGGGAAAGGUCAAACCUCAGAUAUGUUCAGACCAUUGUUAUGUAUACUCUCGUAAUAUAAAAAAUAUUGAUAUUGAAACCUUUGUUAAUGAAAUUAAUGACAUGCCAAAUAAUGAUAUACUUUGUGAGAAUAACACGGAAAAGGCUUAUGAAAUGUGGAUGAAAAUGUUUUAAUCAAUUUUGAAUAAACAUGCUCCUAUUAAGAGAAAAAGAGUAAGACACAAAAAGUCUCCUUGGAUGACGAGUGAUAUCUUAGAGUUAAUGCGUAAAAGGGACAAAGCAAAAGAAAGGGCAAAGAUAUCUAAAAAUAUAAGUGACUGGAAUGAAUAUAAGAAAAUUCGUAAUAAUGUAACAUCUGCCCAAAGAUCAGCCAAGCGAAAAUACGUAACGGAAAGUAUAAAAAAGAAUGUAGGCAACUCAGCUAUGAUGUGGAAGGUUUUACGUGAUAUAUUGCCAGGUAGAAAUAAGAAUACAGGAAUACGAAAAAUUGUUUAUAAAAAUGAAGAAUACGCAAAGAGCAAAGAUAUUGCAAAUGUACUUAAUGCCCAUUUUUCUUCUUUAGCUAUGAAUAAGAAGCAACCAAUUCAGCAACAUGGAGCCAGAGGAAAUCCGGUUCAGUUUAUGGCUCAUGUAAACUCCUUCUUUUCAUUUGCUCAGAUUACUGGAGAACAAAUCAGAAAAUGUCUUUUAGAGAUACCACGUAACAAAGCGACCGGUCUCGAUACAAUUCCUUCAAGUAUUCUGAAAGACUCGUCUCCCUGUAUUGUUAACACACUGGCAAAUAUCAUUAAUUCAUUGAAAGAAGGGUAUGUUCCACUCGAAUGGAAAAGGGCAAGAAUUACUCCAUUAUUUAAGGGUGGUGAUGCUUCAAAUCCAUUUAAUUACAGACCAAUAUCUGUAUUACCAGUACUCUCCAAAGUCAUAGAAAAGAUAGUCUUUAAACAAAUAUAUAAAUAUCUAAAUGAAAAUGACAUACUUAUUCCAAACCAAUUUGGUUUCCGUCCAAACUUUUCAACAAGCCUUGCUCUAUUAAAUCUGACUGAAAAUAUUACUAAAUCACUUGAUAGAGGUGAGUCAGUUGCCCUUGUUGCAUUAGACCUGGAAAAGGCAUUUGAUAUGAUUAGCCACGAGAUAUUGCUUAAAAAAUUAAAAUGUUAUGGAUUUGAUGAAAAUUGUUUACGAUGGAUUCAAAAUUAUUUUCAAUUUAGAACCCAGAAAACCGUCAUAAAUGGAAAUGAAUCCACUGAACAAAUUGUACAAUGUGGAAUAGCUCAAGGGAGUAUUCUUGGGCCUUUGUUUUUCAUACUAUACAUGAACGAUCUCCCCAAAGUAAUAAAAUAUUGUAACAUAUCACUUUAUGCAGACAAUACCUGUCUGUAUGUAUCAUCUAGAGAUCCUACUCGAAUGCAAGAUAUGGUAAACGAAGACCUGGCCUCUAUUCAAGAUUGGUUAAUACACAAUGAGCUUUUGUUGAAUGUUAAAAAGUGUAAGCUGGUCAUUAUAGGCUCGAAGCGUAAGACCAAUUUAUUUGCCAAUGUCAAUGUACGGAUUAAUGACCAAGUUCUGGAAAGAGUAGAAAACUGCAAUUGUUUGGGUAUCGUUAUUGAUAAGGAAUUAACUUGGCGACCAUACAUUGACGGUGUCCGAUCCAAAGUCCUACGAAGUUUCUUUAUGUUGAGGAGAAUCCGACCAUAUAUAGACAUAUCCACUGCUACUCUUUUGUAUAAGACAAUGAUUCACCCCCAUUUCGACUAUUGUAACACCGUGUGGAUGAAACCUGAUUCAACUUCUCUGAAACGGCUUCAAAUCCUCCAAAACAGAGCAUUGAGGAUAAUUCUACAGGUGG